AGAGCGCCAGCGCGCUGAGCAGAGAGCGGGAGAACGAACGAGUCCUCGCCCGCCGGCCGGGAGGCCCCGGAGCCAGCCCAUGGGGAGAGGGCGCCCGGCGUCGGCCACAAAGACCGCCGCCGCCCACGCCGCGCCCGGCGCGUGAAGCCCAGGGACCCCCUCUGGGAGAGCCCCAUGAGGGCAGGAGAGCGAUGGAGAGUACGCCCAGCUUCCUGAAGGACAGCCCAGCCUGGGAGAAGACAGCCCCUGAGAAUGGCCUCGUGGGACCAGAGCUGGAUACCCCACCACAAGACGGCCUGAGCCCUGCAGCACUGUGCCUGGGAGAGCCUGUUCCUUUCUGGAGGGGUGUCCUGAGCACCCCAGGCUCCUGGCUCCCCCCUGGCUUCCCCCAGAGCCCCAAGGACACGCUCCCAUUGGUAGAGGGCAAAGGUCCCCGGAAUGGGGAGAGGAAGGCUAGCUGGUCGGGCAGCAAGGAGGGCCUGCGCUGGAAGGAGGCGAUGCUUAGCCAUCCGCUGGCAUUCUGUGGGUCAGCGUGCCCGCCUUGCUAUGGCCCACUGAUUCCUGAGCAUAACGGUGGCCCUCCCAAGAGUGACCCUGUGGCCUUCCGACCCUUGCACUGCCCCUUUCUUCUGGAGACCAAGAUCCUUGAGCAAGCUCCCUUCUGGGUGCCCAGCUACCUGCCACCCUACCUAGUGUCCAGCCUGCCCCCAGAGCGUCCAUGUGACUGGCCCCUGACCCCACACCCCUGGGGGUACGCCGGAGUCCAGCCCAAAGUGCCCUCUGCCUUCAGCUUAGGCAGCAAGGGUUUUUACUGCAAGGAUCCAAGCAUUCUCAGGCUGGCAAAGGAGCCACUGGCAACUGUGGAACGUGGGUGGUUGGGCUUAGUGCCUGGUGGGCAUCUCCAGAGAACUGGGGAGGUGGAACGCCCUUCACUCCACCAGAGAGGUGGAGAGACAGGAGUCGGCAGGCAUCAGAAUCUUUGCCCCCUUGUCCUGGGGCAUCCAGAUACUGUUCCCCGGACCCUGUGGCCCACUUGUUCCCCAGGCCUGGUUCAUACUCUUGGCAAUGUCUGGGCUGUACCGGGAGGCGGGAGCCUUGGGUACCAGCUGGGGCCGUCAGCCACAUCAAGGUGCCCCUCUCCUGGGCCUCCUACCACCCAGGUGGACCGUUGCUCAUCUCACCCACCAGCUAGAGAUGGAGGUCUUGGCCCUUGUGGGAAGUGCCAGGAGGACCUGGAGGGGGGCACCAGUGGGCCGAGUGAAUCCAGCGAGGAAGCAAACAAGGCCCCUGGUCCCAGGGCCUGCCCGCCCAGCCAUCACACCAAGCUGAAGAAGACAUGGCUCACACGACACUCUGAGCAGUUUGGGUGCCCAGACAACUGCUCUGGGGAGGAGGAAAGCCCAGCGUCCCAGCUGCGGGCCCUCAAGAGGGCAAGCAGCCCCGAGGUCCAGGGAGCAGUGGGCAGCCCAGCCGCCAAGCGCCCGUCCGGCCCUUUCCCGGGCAGUGUGGGGCAGGGGGCCAGAGGUUGGCAGGAGCUGCUGGACUCAUCAUUUGGGAACAAGGCAGAGGCAAAACAGCGUGAUGACCACAGAGGACCCCGAGACAUCAGGGCCAGACUCCAGGACCCGGGGCUUCAGGAUACACCUUGCGCAGCUCCCCCGGCAGGCAUGACUCAGUGCCAAAGCUGUGCCCAGGCAGCUGGUGCGGCGGGAGGGCCGGCCUGCCACUCCCAGCCAGUGCCCAGAUUGCAGCAGCAGGAGGAAGACUCGGCAGCCAGCUCCGAGGGAGGAGGGUCUGGCCCGGAGGAGGCCGGGCUCAGCAUGGGCCUCGCCAAGCACCUGCUAAGUGCUCUGGGAGACCGCCUGUGCCACGUGCUGCGGAGGGAGCGGGAGGUCUUGGCCUGGGCCCAGCGGGAAGCAGGCCAGGGGCCAGCCGGGACAGAGGACAACCCAGGCAUUCCACGUUGCUGUAGCCGCUGCCACCAUGGACUCUUCAACACCCACUGGCGAUGCCCCUGCUGCAGCCACCGGCUGUGUGUGGCCUGUGGUCGCAUGGCGGGAGCUUGGAGGACCAGGGAGAAAGAAGCUCCUCCUUUCCUACCCGCAACAGGCUCUCAGGAACAGUCCAUGGAGAAGUGUCCCCAGGAGGCUGGGCACAGUGCCUGUUCCCUGAUGCUCACCCAGUUUGUCUCCAGCCAGGCUUUGGCAGAAUUGAGCACUGCAAUGCACCAGGUCUGGGUCAAGUUUGACAUCCGGGGGCACUGCCCCUGCCAAGCUGAUGCCCGGGUGUGGACCCCUGGGGAUGGGGGCCAGCAGAAGGAGCCGACGGAGAAAACUCCCCCAACUCCACAACCUUCCUGCAACAGGGAUACCAACAGGACCAAGGACACUAAGGAGGAGACCCCAGACUCCAGAGAGACCCCGGCAGAGGACCGUGCUGGCCAAGGGCCCCUGCCUUGUCCUUCUCUCUGUGAACUGCUGGCCUCCACUGCUGUCAAGCUCUGCUUGGGGCACGAACGGAUACACAUGGCCUUCGCCCCUGUCACUCCGGCCCUGCCCAGUGACGACCGCAUCACUAACAUCCUGGACAGCAUCAUCGCGCAGGUAGUGGAACGGAAGAUUCAGGAGAGAGCCCUGGGGCCGGGGCUGCGGGCCGGGCCGGGCCUGCGCAAAGGCCUGGGCCUGCCCCUCUCACCGGUGCGGCCCCGGCUGCCUCCGCCCGGGGCUUUGCUGUGGCUGCAAGAGCCCAGGCCUCGGCGAGGCUUCCACCUCUUCCAGGAGCACUGGCGGCAGGGCCAGCCCGUGUUGGUGUCAGGGAUUCAGGGGACAUUGCAAGGCCACCUGUGGGGGACAGAAGCUCUAGGGGCGCUUGGAGGCCAGGUGCAGGCACUGACCCCCCUCAGACCUCCCCAGCCCGCAAGCCUGGGCAGCACAACGUUCUGGGAGGGAUUCUCCCGGCCUGAGAUUCGCCCAAAGUCAGAUGAGGGCUCGGUCUUCCUGCUGCACAGAGCUCUGGGGGACGAGGACGCCAGCAGGGUGGAGAGCCUGGCUGCCAGCCUGCCACUCCCAGAGUACUGUGCCCGCCAUGGGAAGCUCAACCUGGCCUCCUACCUCCCUUGGGGCUCUGUCCUGCGUCCACUGGAGCCCCAGCUGUGGGCGGCCUAUGGUGUGAGCCCACAGUGUGGGCACCUGGGGACCAAGAACCUCUGUGUGGAGGUGACCGACCUGGUCAGUGUCCUGGUACGCGCUGAAGCCCCACUGCCUGCCUGGCACUGGACACAGAAAGAUUUCCUCUCAGCCCUGGACGGGGAGGGGCUCUGGUCUCCGGGCAGCCAGGUCAGCACCGUGUGGCACGUGUUCCGGGCACAGGACGCCCAGCGCAUCCGCCGCUUUCUCCAGAUGGUGUGCCCGGCCGGGGCGGGAAACUUGGAGCCUGGCACCCCGGGCAGCUGCUACCUGGACGCAGGGCUGCGGCGGCGCCUGCGGGAGGAGUGGGGUGUGAGCUGCUGGACUCUGCUGCAGGCCCCCGGAGAGGCCGUGCUGGUGCCCGCGGGGGCUCCCCACCAGGUGCAGGGGCUGGUCAGCACAGUGAGUGUCACUCAGCACUUCCUGUCCCCCGAGACCGCUGCCCUCUCUGCUCAGCUCUGCCACCAGGGGCCCAGCCUGCCUCCUGACUGCCGCCUGCUUUAUGCCCAGGCUGGCACUUGCUCCGCCCCGAGCUCCUCUCCAUGGUACCAGACUCACACUGGGGGUGACCGUCUCCCUCCAACCCCUGCCCGCCAACCCAGGAGACGAAGAGCCCUUCCUUGGGGGACCUCGGAAAUCAUUCUGGCUUAAGCAACACCUGCUGCUGCUGCUUCAUCUCCUGCUGUCUCACCUGUGCCCGAGCUCUGCUUAUACCACCCACAUCCUCCUGGGCUCCCGGGCGGCCCUUUGCACUGCAGGUGUGCUGGACAAGGGCCACCGACAUCCUGCCCUCUUGCCAGAGAGCUGUGAAGUGUGGGGAGGGGGCAGCAUCUGGCCACUACCCAGGCUUGGCUGGAGGGGUUGAUAUGGGCGAGGCCCCAUCCCUGCACCCUCCUCUCGCCUCCUUCCUUCUUGAUUUCCAUUAA